UGUAUUGUUCUGUCGUAAAGUUGUUUUACAUCUGUUAUAAUUUUUAAGGUUAUGCUAGUGUUUUUGUUUGUUUUUCUACACAAUGGAUUCGUUUGAUGUAAACCAUAAACUAAAUCGUUCUUCGUCUCUGUCGGAUUUGAGUACAUUAACUUUUGCUUCUCCUACUAGAAAUACGAGUAUUUAUAACUCUCCGGUGCCUAAAUUUGUGAACUUGAACACACCUUUUGGAAAGAAGGGACUUGUGAGGCAUUUCAGUUGCGAGCAGAUUUAUGAUCCCCGCCUAGGAUCAUCCCCUCUAAUCCGCAUCAAGGACACCUACAGCAUCCCUUACCAACAAGGCGGCGAUCUCUGCGAACCGGCCUGGUCAAACUGGUCAAAUUUCAAAACCAGUCUGAUGGCAUCCGAAAAUACCUCCGAAUUACAACAGGAUAAUGAUCAGAACCAGCACCAGGAUGAGGCAGACAUUAAGGUCUUUGGUAAACUCAAUAACUUCGACUUUAGUUUCACCAAGGACUGCGAGGAAAAACUAGACGUCAUCCCUAUGGACAUUGAUAAAAGUCUGGAGAAAAAAAGUGAUGAUGAUGUGGUGGACGGUGAUGCUAAUUUGAGGAAAAGACGAAGGGUUAAAAAGGAGGAUCAAGAUCAGGGAAACCCGAGGAAAAUUUUAAAAGGUUCUGAUGAGGUUGAUGCAAGUGCGCCGGGUAAAUUCCGUACCCUUGCCCUGGUGUUUUUGUUCCUGGUUUUACCCGUAAGCGCGUACUUGGGUUUCGUGCAUAACACCGAGUUGAGCGUGAAAGACAACUUGAAAGUCCUUUCGCACAACUUGUUUAAACAACGUGCUAAGUGCGAUCAAGCUUUAGACUUCCAAAAAACCCUUCAAAGCUUGCAACAAAACCUAUACGGCCAAGACCAGAUGAUCCAAGACUUAGCCAAAAACUUCUACACCAAAAAUUUCAAACUCUUACUCCUCACCGGCCUACGGGCGUCGGUAAAACCUUCACCCUCGAACAACUAGCCUCAACGUUCCCCUGGACAAGAAACAUAUUCACCAUACACCACCCUUUGUCCACCAACGACCUCAAAGUGUUAAAACUCACCCUUUCCCAUUGUGGGUACAACUUGAUUUUGUUGGAUGGUU